AUGUCUGGUCGUCGAAAGGCGGCACCAAUAAAAGUGUUGGAACUGCGAGAGGACGGCGUUUGCGAAAGUGGCUUAGAGCUUUCACCUUGCACUUCUAGCGAUUUAUUUAAGGAACAACAAGACGGAGUAGAGUCUGCUUCAUUUUUGCGAACCGGAAUGAUUGAUAAGUUGAACGACGACAAUUCCAAGGAUCGGGAUGCAUCACCGAGUACCACCGAAGAGUGUGAAGGCGGUACAAAUGCUAACGACUGUGUUCCUCCAAGUUCAGCGACAUCGUCAGUUGAAUUUUCGUGUUCUAUGAAAAGCGAUGCCUCUACCGUAUCUGAUCAUGCAAGUUUAUUUGUUUCAUUCUUCGAUGUUCGACAUAUCACCCAACAAGACAUAUUUGACGCUAGUAAAAGCGAAAAUGAAUGA